UUUUUGGAAUCACUCUUCUUGACAAGCGUACGGAACAGGUUGCUCAGAGAAAGAAAAAGAUUUGUCUUUUAUUUUUUGCUUUGUUUCUGUGGGAGGGCAAGCAUGGAGGGAGGCUGAGCUGCUGAUCUAACCUUUUUAUCUUUCUGGCUCUCUCUCUUCUCUUCUCUCCCCUAAAGUAAGCUGUGGCAGAUAAUGCUUGGCUUGGUUUUGGUGUCACUGACCUUCUUCCCCUUUGCUUCUCCGCCUGCGGACACUGUUCCUCUUCCCCCCUCCUUUUUCUCUCUCGUGUCGUCGGCCACGAUUGCUGCCUCUCUCCAGCCUAUCCUUUCCCCUCCCUGCCUCCCUCGCUGUGCACGGCUUCUGCCAACUCUAGAUAGAUAGAUAGAUAGAUAGAUAGCUGCUGCUGAUCAAGUGCAGAGAAGGAGAGGAGUGGAGAGAGAAGCAAGAAGACAGCAGGGGAGAGAGAGGAGGAGGAGGGAAAGAAUCUGGAAUUGCUUUCCAGUCACUGACCACCCAGUUUCCUCCUUGUUUGUCCCCUGCCUUCCUUGAUUCCUGUGUUGCUUGCUGUUCCUUGUUAUUCCCUGAGCUGCUGAGCUGCCUGCCUGGGAGCCUGCAGAAGCAGAACUCCUCUCGUACCCCUUUGUCGUAGCCUUGCCCCAUCAUCCUCCUCCAUUCUUGAGUUGAUGUCUCUCAGCAAGUCAGCAGAUAGAUUUAUCGCCAGCCCUUGAAGGCUUCAGCUACAUAGAUUCCCUAGCUAGCUAGAUAUAUAUACUACAUACAUACAAGUGCAAGAUCAGGCCAAACCCUUCAAUUUCGCUUCAGCCCACUUAUGUUUCAGCAGCAGCAGCAGCAGCUCUUGCAGGAACAAGCAGAAGCGGCAGAUCAGGAGAGCAGCAUGUCCAACCUCACCUCAUCCGCGUCCGGCGGCCCCAACCCGCCUCCUCCCCCGGCGCCGGCGGCCUCCGGCAACAAGCGCAAGCGGAGCCUCCCCGGGAACCCCGAUCCUGACUCGGAGGUGGUGGCGCUUUCGCCGGCGACGCUGAUGGCGACGAACCGGUUCGUGUGCGAGAUCUGCGGGAAGGGGUUCCAGCGGGACCAGAACCUGCAGCUGCACCGGCGCGGGCACAACCUGCCGUGGAAGCUGAAGCAGCGCGGCACGGGUAAGGAGGUGCAGCGCAAGAAGGUGUACGUGUGCCCGGAGGCCUCGUGCGUGCACCACGACCCCGCCCGCGCGCUGGGCGACCUCACCGGGAUCAAGAAGCACUUCUUCCGCAAGCACGGCGAGAAGAAGUGGAAGUGCGACAAGUGCUCCAAGAAGUACGCCGUCCACUCCGACUGGAAGGCGCACUCCAAGAUCUGCGGCACCAGAGAGUACAAGUGCGACUGCGGCACCAUCUUCUCCAGGCGGGAUAGCUUCAUCACGCACCGCGCCUUCUGCGACGCGCUCACCGAGGAGAACGCCAAGGUCAUCGGCCUCAACGCCAUGGCCACAGCCGCGCCGGCGCACCACCCGCUGUUCUUCUCGCCACCGCUGCCGCUGCAGGUGAUGCAGCACAAGGAGCUCGCCGCGCUCCAGGAACACCACCAGGAGGUCAUGCAGCACCAGCAGCAGGUGCCGCAGCACUGCAACUACGCCAUGAAGACGGAGAUGCCGCCGUGGCCGACGAUGCCCUACGACCACCAAAGCCACCCGCUGCUGCAGCCGUUCUGCAACGCCGCGCAGAGCUCGGCAACGUCCGCGCCGCCACCACCGCAGCAGCAGCAGCAGCCCGCGGCCUCCGCGCACCUGUCGGCCACGGCGCUGCUACAGAAGGCCGCGCAGAUGGGCGCGACCAUAGGCGGCGCCGGCGCCGCGGGCGCGGGCGCGCACUACACCCAGAUGGCAGGCGCCGCGACGAGCGCGCCCGGCAGCGCCACCUUCGGGCUCGGCCUCCCGGGCCUGAACGCCCAGCUGGACGAGAGCAUGGGCGGACUCGCAAGAACCGCCUCCCACGGCCGCGGCGGCGAGGACGGAGCCGGCAGGGGAGGCGAUGGCAUGACGAGGGACUUCCUGGGGCUGCGCUCCUUCUCGCACCGCGACAUCCUCGGCCUCGCCGGCUUCGACUCGUCGUGCAUGGGUGCCGUGAACGGCAACACCGACCUGGGCUGCUACGAGCCACAGCAACAUGCACAGGCGCAGCAGCAGCAGCAGCAAAGCAGCAAAGAGCCAUGGCAUGGCAUGGGUAGCCAAUAGCCAUAGCUAGCUACUUUCUUCUUCCUCUCAUCAGCCGUCAUCAGUGACCAACCUUGGCUAGGGCCAGUGCUUUCUACUAGUUAGCUAAUGCACCAUGCCUUUUGAGCUGGAGAAUCUCUCUUUCUUCUGUUGCUUCUGUUCAUGCUAUCAUCUUAUGGUCUUGAAAGUUAAGCACGCAAACGACGGAUCGACCUGUUGAAGGUUUCAAACUCUCGAUGGACAAUACAGCACGCAGGGAGUGUGUAAUUUUUUGGGUUUGGGGUUGGAGAGACCAACUGUAAACGAAGCUCGAAUCAAGGGAAAACCAAAGCUGUGACAGUAAUAAUAUAUACUACAUGCAUGCAUCA